AUGUUCAUGGAGAUUUUUAUGUUCUGCACAGAUUUCUUUACAAAUCAAACUCGCACAUGGUGGUCACGCUGGAUCAAUGAUUUUCGACGUGUCAAUCUAAGUUUCGAUGGACUUUGGAUUGAUAUGAAUGAGCCAGCCGUGUUUGAUACCAACAAUGAAAUUCCAUGGAAUUGGAUGCAAACUGGCAGUAAUUAUACUCUAAAGUGUCCAAAUAACCAAUGGGAAGAUCCUCCUUAUCGAACUAAAGCUGUUUUUCGCUACGAUAUCAAUUUGAAUAGAGCUGGUCGUCUUUCCGAUCGCACGAUGUGUAUGUCAGUUCGACAGGGUGAAGUUGAUUCAGAAACUAGCCAACCCAAAUAUCUUCAUUAUGAUGUUCACAGUUUGUAUGGAUGGAGUCAAACAAAGCCAACCUUAGAUAUUAUGCGAGCAAUAACCGGUAAACGAAGUUUAGUUUUGCCUCGUUCGACUUUUGUCGGUUCCGGUCAAUGGAGUGGUCAUUGGCUCGGAGAUAAUGAAGCCACAUGGCAUGAAAUGAAACGAUCCUUAAUCGGUAUGAUUGAAUUCAAUUGGUUUGGCAUCCCCUUAAAUGGUGCUGACAUUUGCGGAUUCGAUAAAACACCAAGUGAAGAAAUGUGUAUUCGUUGGAUGCAAGUUGGUGCUUUCUAUCCAUAUUCUCGAAAUCAUAAUGUUUGGAAAACACCAGAUCAAGAUCCAGCAUCAUGGUCUCAAUCAGCUGUGUCUAUCAUGGUUUCUGCUCUUCGUAUUCGUUAUACUUUACUUCCAUAUUAUUAUACACUUUUCUACAAAGCACACACGCAAGGUUCAACUGUCAUUCGACCAUUGUUUCACGAGUAUCCAACGGAUAAAACAACACUUGAUUUGUAUCUUCAGUUUCUUAUUGGAUCGCAUGUUAUGAUAGCACCAGUGACUGAUAAUGGAGCAAGACAAGUUCAAGUUUAUAUUCCCUCAUUGUAUUGGUAUAAUUUUUAUACAGGUGCACGAAUUACUAGUCAACGAAAAUUUAUUACAAUGGAUGCACCUUUGGAUACGAUUCCAAUUUUGUUAAGAGGUGGUGCCAUUUUACCAACGCAAGGAUACGCAAAUAAUACAAAGUAUUCAAGAGACAAUCCAUUCAGUCUGAUAAUUGUACUCGAUUCGAAUGGAAAUGCUGAAGGGGAUCUAUUUUAUGAUGAUGGUGAAUCGAUCGAUACAAUCGGUUCAAAAACCUAUUUCUAUGCAACAUAUAAAUGGACAAUGAAUGAUCGUCAAUUGUUCAUCAAUGUUAUUGAAAAUAAUUAUACUCACAUGGCAAAUUUAACUUUAAAUUCAUUAAUGAUUUAUGGAUUAGAUAGAAUGCCGGUCAUCAUUACUGUUGAUGGAAAUGAGUUACGUCCAUUAAUACAACGUCGAAAACAAAUUAUUGAAAUUCGUGAAUUUAAAUUGACGAUGAAUGAAAAUCACCGGAUCACAUGGCAAUAUCCAGAUAUACUUGUCGUUGAACCACCUGAAAUUAUUACUACUGAUCCCAAAUAUCGUAUUGAUUGUUAUCCUGAUUUUGAUGAAUAUAAAUCGUUUUGUAUGAUUGAUCGAUCACCAAAUCAAACAGUCUUGACAAUAACAAAUCAAUUAUGUACAGCUCGUGGCUGUACAUGGGUUUCAAAUGCGGCGACAAAUACACCAUCGUGCUAUAUUCCAAUAGAAAAAGGUGGCUAUAAUCUAACCGAAUCAUCAAGUCAAAUCUCAGAUGUCAUAACAAUUUAUAAACUCAGUCGUCUGUCGAUCAAGGCUACUCAGAUUCGAUCGUUAAAAUAUCCUGAACUAGUUUAUAAGUAUUCAUUGACAAAUCAAAUUACGAACGCUAGAAUAAAUGAGUUUUCCAUGUUCGGUGAUGAUAUUCAUGAUUUAAAUGUUCAAGUCAGCCUUUCAGGUUCUGAUAAGAUUCGUAUGACAAUACGUGAUGCAAAUGCAAAACGAUAUGAAGUUCCGGUUCCCAUUAUUUGGCAACCAUUGGUUCCAUUAACACCAUCUUCACUUAAAAUCAAAUUCGAAAUAACUAAAACUCCCUAUGGACAAGUCGGAUUUCGAGUUCAACGUACAAAUACACAAUCGAUUCUAUUUGAUACAUCAUUCUUUGCUAAUGGCUUCAUCUAUGAUGACAAAUUUAUUCAACUGAUAACAACAAUUCCAUCCAGAAAUAUCUAUGGUUUUGGCGAAAAUACUCAUUUAAGCUUUCGACAUGUUUUAAAAGGGUCGUUUCGUUAUGGAAUGUUUACCCGAGAUCAACCACCAGGCGGAGGAAAUGAAAAUUUGUAUGGUACUCAUCCAUUUUAUAUGGUUGUUGAACCUGAUGGACAAGCCUUUGGUGUAUUCAUUUUGAAUUCGAAUGCACAAGAUUAUAAGUUUGAUGAAUUUGAUGAUGAUCAAGCUAUGUUAACUUAUCGAACUGUGGGCGGUAUUUUAGAUGUUUUCUUUUUUGCUGGACCUCGUCCGGAAGAUGUCAUUCGACAAUAUCAAACAGUUAUCGGUAAUCCUUACAUGCCACCUUACUGGGCACUUGGAUUUCAACUUUGUCGGUACGGUUAUAAUACACUAGAUAAUAUGAAAGCAGCCACGAUGAGAACACUCAACGCUAGUAUUCCUCUUGAUGUUUUAUACGGUGACAUCGAUUAUUUUCGAAACAGGCUUGAUUUCACUUGGGAUCUGGUUAAUUUUGAUGGCUUACCUGAAUAUGUAGAUUGGCUACAUGAUCAAGGAAUGAAAUUCAUCACCAUUCUGGAUCCAGCUAUUGAUUCCGAAGAGGCAAACUAUUCUGUUUAUACUGAAGGACAAAAAGUCGAUAUUUGGAUUAAAUGGCCUCACCAUCGCAAUCUUCAAUUUAACGAAACAGGCAACCGAAAUAUGUUAGGUUAUGUGUGGCCUAAUGGUAAAACAGUAUUUCCUGAUUUCUUUUAUCCCCCAGCACACCAAUGGUGGAAAUCACAAAUCGUUGAUUAUCAUACUAAAGUCAAAUUUGACGGUCUUUGGAUUGAUAUGAAUGAACCAGCUAAUUUCGAUACAAAUAAAGAAAAACCUUGGAAUUGGAAUCGGCCAGAACCGUGGAAUCUUCGGUGUCCUAUUGACAGUGAACCUUUAGAUAAACCACCGUAUCAGACAGCAAUAUGUGGCGAUUAUUUAUCGGAUAAAACAUUGUGUAUGAUUGGUGAACAGGUAGAUGGACAAGGCAAAAUCUAUCAUCAUUAUGAUGUCCACAGCCUAUAUGGAUGGUCAGAAAUAAUAGCCACAUUACCAGCUACGCGUGCAACUGAAAACAAGCGAUCUAUUAUAAUAAGUCGAUCAACAUUUCCAACUUCAGGCUCAUUCAGUGGUCAUUGGCUAGGUGACAAUACAGCGGAUUGGUCACAUCUCAAAUAUAAUAUAAUUGGAAUGUUAGAGUUUAAUUUGUUCGGAAUUCCUUAUAUAGGCGCUGAUAUUUGUGGCUACUUUCGAGAUACAACAGAACAACUAUGUCAACGAUGGAUGCAACUAGGUGCUUUCAAUCCAUUCUUUCGAAAUCACAAUGGUUUUAAUUAUAUCGAUCAAGAUCCUGGAAUAUUUUCGACAGAAGUUGUUACAUCGAAUCGUCAUGCUGUUGAAUUACGUUAUACUCUCAAUCCAUAUCUCUACACACUAUUCCAUCGAGCUCAUAUUUCAGGUGGUACUGUUGUUCGUUCUAUGGCUCACGAAUUUCCAUCCAUUGUUGAAUGUUGGUCACUUGAUGAACAAUUUUUAUGGGGUUCAUCGUUGCUCAUUGCUCCAGUUAUCUAUGAAAAUCAUGUCAAUAAGUCGGUUUAUUUGCCUACAACGGAACGAUGGUUUGAUUAUUAUACUGGUCAAGAACAGACAACACUUGCCCAAAUCACAGUAUCUGCACCGUAUACUUUUAUUCCAUUGUUCUUACGUGGUGGUGCUAUCAUACCCCACCAACAAUCGGCUAUGAAUACUGUACUCUCACGUAAAAAACCCAUGUAUCUUAUUAUAGCACUCAACAAAAACCAAAGGGCUAGUGGAGAUCUAUUUUGGGAUGAUGGUGAAUCGAUUGAUACCUAUGAAAACUUGAUUUAUAAUUAUUUUAUUUUUAAUUUCAAUUCACAACGUUUAACCCUUGAACCUUGGACAUAUAAUUAUCCACAAAUGAGCGAUGAUGGCAAAUUGGAUGAAAUAAAAAUAUUUGGUAUAAAUAAACAACCAACAACAGUUAUAUGGAAUGGACAAGAGUUAAUAGCAAGUAAAUGGACAUUCGAUGCUACAAGGAAUGUCUUGCAUAUGCAAACGCUCGCUUUGAAUAUGGCUAAAACACAUAAAUUUGUUUUUAUUUGA